AUGUCUGCUUUCCCUGACUGCUCCGACCGGGAGCCUCGCAUCUGCAGGAGGGUAUUGGGGGGCGAGGUCCGGCCACCCCGGUGCCCCCUGAACCCCGCAACCUCCCGGCAGGCCGACAUUGAGCAGCUGGACCCCCGAGGACGCACCCCGCUGCACCUGGCCACCACGCUGGGCCACCUCGAGUGCGCCAGGGUCCUGCUGAAGCAUGGCGCCGACGUGGGCAAGGAGAACCGCAGCGGCUGGACAGUUCUGCAGGAGGCCGUGAGCACCCGCGACCUGGAGCUGGUGCAGCUGGUCCUGCGCUACCGCGACUACCAGAGAGCCAUCAAGCGCCUGGCCGGGAUCCCCAUCCUGCUGGAGAAGCUGCGCAAGGCCCAGGACUUCUACGUGGAGAUGAAGUGGGAGUUCACCAGUUGGGUGCCGUUGGUGUCCAAGAUUUGCCCCAGUGACACCUACAAGGUGUGGAAGAGCGGCCAGAAUCUGCGGGUGGACACCACGCUGCUGGGCUUCGACCAUAUGACCUGGCAGCGGGGCAACCGCAGCUUCGUCUUUCGGGGACAAGACACCAGCGCGGUGGUUAUGGAGAUUGACCACGACCGGCGGGUGGUCUACUCGGAGACGUUGGCCCUGGCCGGCCAUGACCAGGAGGUGCUGCUGGCUGCUGUGCAGCCCACCGAGGAGCAGGUGAUGGGGCGGCUGACGGCCCCCGUCGUCACCACCCAGCUCGACACCAAGAACAUCGCCUUUGAGAGGAACAAGUCCGGGAUCCUGGGCUGGAGGAGCGAGAAGACGGAAAUGGUGAAUGGGUACGAGGCCAAGGUCUACGGCGCAUCCAACGUGGAGCUGAUCACGCGGACACGGACCGAGCACCUCUCGGACCAGCACAAGGGCAAGAGCAAAGGCAGUAAGACCCCCCUGCAAUCCUUCCUGGGCAUCGCCGAGCAGCACGUAGGGCCCAACAACGGGACGCUGAUAACGCAGACGCUGAGCCAUGCCAACCCCACCGCCAUCACCCCUGAGGAGUACUUCAACCCCAACUUCGAACUGGGCAACCGAGACAUGGGGCGGCCCAUGGAGCUCACCACCAAGACACAGAAGUUCAAGGCGAAGCUGUGGCUGUGCGAGGACCACCCGCUGUCCCUCUGCGAGCAGGUUGCCCCCAUCAUUGACCUCAUGGCAAUAAGCAACGCGCUCUUCGCCAAGCUGCGGGACUUCAUCACCCUGCGCCUCCCGCCGGGCUUCCCCGUCAAGAUCGAAAUCCCCAUCUUCCACAUCCUCAACGCCCGCAUCACCUUUGGGAACCUCAACGGGUGCGACGAGCCCGUCAGCUCCCUGCGGCACAGCCCCAGCAGCGAGGCACCCUCGCCCAGCAGCGACUCCUCCAGCGUCAGCAGCUCCAGUUCCCUGACCUCCUGCCGGGCGUGUGAGAUGGACCCGGCGCUGUUCGAGGUGCCGCGGGGGUACAGCGUGGUGGGCACCCACCAGGACACCCUGCGGGAGGAUGAGGAUGACCUGCUGCAGUUCGCCAUCCAGCAGAGCCUGCUGGAAGCGGGCAGUGAGUACGACCAGGUGGGCGCUGCC